UACACUUUCGCUAGCUCGAUAUUUAGUGCCAUAUCAAAGUGUGGACUGUGUUAAGAUGGGGCGCUCGUAUAAGAAAUUAUCGGCAUGGCCUUUGCUAGUGGCGCUUGUUGCAUCCUCUCAGCUUCGGGGUGUACGAACGCAAAGUCUUGCCGGAUUCGAACCUCUGGGUGGUUUCGCUGGCGCCACGGGCACCAUGGUCCUGCAUAAGCGUCUAUUUCUCGAUGCAGAUUGUCGGGGCCCAUAUGCCCCGCACUUCUACGGCUACCUAAACCGAAUGCACAACAUCUGUAAGGAGUGCGCCGAUAUGUACCCCGGCAUGCGGGAUUUCAUUAGCCGCAAUUGCACCUCAGAAUGCUUCCGUAAUCGCGUGUUCCAAGAUUGCGUUUCGGCGACGAUGCAACUCCAUCAGCUCGAUGAGAUCUCCAAUAUGAUCGGUCAGCUGUCCGGCAGAAGGAAAUAAUGGCAUCUUGAGAAAACUUCUUGGGAACUCAGCCCGGAUUUCGAUCGAAGAUGAAUUGAAAGGCUGAAUCUGUGAAGGACGAUGAAGACACUCUAUUUGAUCUCCCAGUAAAUAAGUGUCGAGUAAUGCUAAUGAAUGAAUAAAUAAAGUGUCAACAUAACGUUCCCAAGCGAACACAACCUAUGGCAUCAUUGAAUGAGAUUGUUAGUUGCGUAAAGAUGCGUCAUAUUAAAACUUCUAAAAGUAAGCUAGAAGUAGCGUGAAGUCAAUUUUUAGACAGUGUUCGAGGCUUAUUCUAUACGAAUUCAGCACAUUGUUUUUCAGCAUUCCCAGCCGAAUUGUCCUGAUACGAUGAUAUAAGGCAUCAAUUCAAUAAAAAUAA